UCCCACAUUUCCCCUACUACCUGUCAAGACAAGUCUGUGGGACCAUGAGACUGAAGUUAGUUCAUCUGUUUCUUCAGCCACUGUGGGGCUCCCAAGCUUUCUCUAGGCCAUUUCGCUAUAUAAGCACAGGACUGCUUAGCCCUCAGAAGACAUUUGCUGACUUUGAAGCCAUUCACCAAGGAAAACAGGCAAUACCAGAGUAUUUUAAUUUUGCCAGUGAUGUGCUUGAUUGGAGUCAGAUGGAGAAGGCUGGAAAAAAGUCUGCAAAUCCUGCUUUCUGGUGGGUCAAUGGUCAGGGAGAGGAGGUAAAAUGGAAUUAUGAAGAGCUGGGGAUCCAAUCCAAGAAGGCAGCCAAUGUUUUGUCCAGAGUAUGCAAUCUGCGGCCAGGGGAUCGACUGCUGGUGAUUCUCCCCAGGAUCCCUGAAUGGUGGUUGGUUUCUGUGGCUUGUAUGAGAACAGGGGUUGUCAUCAUCCCUGGAAUCUCUCAGCUAACUAUAAGGGAUAUCCAGUACCGAUUGCAAGCAUCUGGUGCCAAAGCUAUUAUUACCAAUGACUCCUUAGCACCUCAUGUGGACACCAUUAGUGUUGACUGCCCUUCUCUGCGGACAAAGGUGCUUGUCUCCAGUAGUAGCCGGCUUGGCUGGCUGAACUUCAGAGAACUAUGCCAAGUGGCCCCUGAAGAACACAACUGUGUGAAGACUAGAAGUCAAGACCCAUUAGUUAUCUUCUUCACCAGUGGCACCACAGGUUCACCCAAGAUGCUGGAACACACCCAAGUCAGCUAUGGAUUGGGCUUUGCCACCUGUGCAAGGAAGUGGACAGACUUAUCAGAUUCCGACAUCUUCUGGAACACAUCUGACACAGGCUGGGUCAAAGCUGCCUGGACUUUCUACUCUACUUGGAUAAGAGGAGCCUGCCUUUUCAUUCACCAACUGCCAAAGGUUGACACCAAUGUUAUCCUAAAUACUCUCUGCCAAAUGCCAAUCACUAUCUUCUGUUGUGUUCCAACCAUGUUCCAGAUACUUGUACAGCAUGACUUGACCAGGUACAAAUUUAAAAGCCUCAGGCACUGUGUAACAGGAGGAGAGACCCUCAAUCCUGAUGUGAGAAAAAAAUGGAAGAGUCAGACAGGUCUGGAGUUGCAUGAAGGCUAUGGCCAAUCUGAAACUGCUUUGAUCUGUGCCAAUCAAAAAGGCAUGAAAAUCAAGUCAGGUUCCAUGGGGAAAGCUUUUCCACCUUAUGAUGUCCAGAUUGUAGAUGAUGAAGGCAACAUCCUUCCUCCAGGAAAAGAGGGUAACAUUGGCAUCAGGAUCAAACCAAAGCCGCCUCUCUGUUUUUUCACAGGCUACGUGGACAAUGCUGAGAAAACAGCCUCUUGCAAACGAGGGGACUUUUAUAUUACUGGCGACCGUGCCCAUAUGGAUGAAGAUGGUUACUUCUGGUUUAAGGGAAGAGCUGAUGAUGUGAUCAAUUCUGCAAGUUACCGAAUUGGACCCUUUGAAGUAGAAAGUGCCCUGUCAGAACAUCCUGCUGUUGUUGAGUCAGCUGUAGUCAGCAGUCCAGACCCCAUCAGGGGAGAGGUGGUAAAAGCUUUCAUAGUUUUGAAUCCAGAUUUUAUCAACCAAGAUCCAGGGGAGUUGACUCAGGAACUGCAAGAACAUGUCAAAAGGUUAACAGCACCAUAUAAGUACCCCAGGAAGAGCUGCCAAAGACAGUCAGUGGGAAGAUUCAAAGGAGCAAAUUACGAAAGAAAGAGUGGAAAAAUUAAUGUGGAAUCGAAGGCAUUCUUAUUGGACUUUCAGCAUUCCUUGGAGUGGCUUUGAGUUGAUCUUCCCCUUGCCUUUACAGAAAGAAUGUUUCACUGAUCUAUUGAAUGAAAAGUCUGCUCUGGAUCAUAAUUCAAGGAAUC